CACUGAUAGAAUGUUUGCAAAUCAUGUACAUUUAUCUUAAGUAGCAUCAGAAAGAAAUAUAUCAAGAAGUAAUUGAACCUUUAUCUCUUGCUGGUUAUGAACUCUGUGAACUGAUCAUUCAGAAAUGGCUGAUAUUAUUGUCGUCGGGGGAUGCAUUGUGGAUUUAAUAAGCUAUGUUCGAAGAUUUCCAAGACCGGGAGAAACUAUUAGUGGAAAUCGUUUUGAAAAAGGUUUUGGAGGAAAAGGAGCAAAUCAGUGUGUAAUGGCAAAUAAACUUGGUUCUACAACGGCUAUGAUUGCUAAGCUUGGAGAUGAUAGUCUGGGUCAUGAAUAUUUUGAAAAUUUCAAGCAAAGUGGAAUUAACUAUGAUUUUGUGUCCAUGACAAAAGAGUCUCACACAAGCACAGCAUCUAUUACAGUAUCAGAGGAUGGUCAGAACUGCAUUGUAUAUGUACCUGGAGCAAUAAUGAACCUCACACCACGCGAUAUACAGGCUGCAGAGGAUUUAAUAAAAAGAGCUAAAGUUAUGCUAUGUACAUUUGAAUGUCCUUUAGAUUCACUCAUCACUGCUUUAAACCUAGCAAAGACACAUAAAGUCACAACCAUUGUUAAUGCAGCUCCAACUUGCAAUUCUACCUAUGAAGAAGUUUACCAUUUGGCAGACAUAAUUUGCUUAAAUGAGGUUGAAGCAUAUGAUGCAACUAAUUUAAAAAUUGAAACUAUAGAAGAUGCAGCAGAAGCAAUUAAAAUUUUAUUCCAGAAAGGUUGUGCAACUGUUAUCUUGACUUUAGGUUGCAAGGGGGCUGUAUUUCAAAAUAAAAAUGAAAAUAAGUACAUCCAUGUACCUGCUAGAGUUGUUAAAGCUCUUGAUUGUACAGGGGCUGGAGAUGCAUUUAUGGGAAGUCUUGUGUAUUAUUUGUCUGCACAUCCUCAACUGAGCAUGGAGGAGGCUAUUAAAAGAUCAUGUGAAGUAGCAACAACAAGUGUUUUAAAAAGAGGAACUCAGUCCAGCUUUCCUAACAGAAAUGAGCUUUCAGAAGAUUUAUUCAAAUAAUAUGAAAUAUCCUCAUUCCUAAGCUUCAUUACUUCAAACAAAAAAUGCUUAUUUGCAAUUUUGAAAUAUUUGUGGGUAAGAUGAACUCUGGUUAAAUGUUGUUCUCCUUUAUGCAGAAAAUGUGAGUCGAAGGGAAUUCUAGAAUAUUGAGAGUUCUUCACUUCGACUCACCUGCAAUUAACAACACUAAAAUACUCUCAGGUCAACCCACAAUUGCGUAUAACAGCUGCUUUUUGAUGAAAAACUUCAUGACUAAAACAAACUUAUUGUACUUUAUAAAGUUUUAACUUUACUGAUAGCAAUCACAUUAGUUGAUGCUUUUGUUAUAAAUUUGGAAAAUUCUAUUUUUAUACGGUAUUUUAUGGGAAA